AUGGAUUUAUCUUCAAAUGCAUCAGCUGGAUCACUUGAUGUUAUUCUCCAGACUCCUAGUGCUCUUGUCCAGUCAAACUGCUCAAAUCUGAAAAAUGGUGCUGCCUAUCACUUUGUUCUUAUCCCCAUACUGUACCUGCUCAUCUUCAUAGUAGGCAUCAUUGGAAACAUGACCAUAGUAGUGGGUCUGUCAUGUUGCCUCCAGAGAAAGUCAGUGGCCAAUAUCUACAUUGUGAACCUGGCUAUAGCAGACUUGUUCUUUGUUGCCACACUGCCACUAUGGGCAGUGGAUCUUUUUGGAAAAUACAAGUGGAUCUUUGGUCCUACAAUGUGCAAAUUGUGUGCUGCAAUGUCAUCAGUGAACAUGUACGCCAGCAUCUUCCUGCUUACGUGCCUCAGUAUAGAUCGUUACUUUGGGAUUGUACGUCCAAUGCAGUCUCUCAAAAAGCGAACUCUUACCAAAGCUAAAAUUGUUACUCUUCUAAUUUGGGUUUCAGCUUUAGUGAUGAGCAUCCCAUCAAUCUACUUUCGACAGACCUACUAUUCGUACGUUUCUCAGCACAUUGUCUGUGGCAUGAGAUACCCACCGAACAGUUUGUUUUGGCCAAUAUUUGCAGACUUAAUGAAGUAUGUGGUUGGCUUUGUGAUACCUUUCACGAUACAAGGAAUCUGUUAUUAUAUGAUGUAUAAAAUAAUUCUGGAGUCUGCAAAGAAAAAGGUGAAGAAAACCAAAAGUGACCAAAUCCUAAAGGUGGUGGUAUCUAUGGUGCUUGCUUUCCUGAUAUGCUGGCUGCCAUUGCACAUUUUGAACAUCUUGAAAUGGUUAGCUCGUUUUGGUAUCAUUAGCAACUGUGGAACCAUUCAGAAUCUUAAUGUGUUAAUACCAUUUACUAUUUGCUUUGCUUUUUUCAAUAGUUGCGUCAAUCCUAUACUUUACUAUUUUGCCAGCAACAGAUUUCGAACCCAACUUAUAAAGGCUAUAAAAGAGUCAAUAUAUAGGGCUUAA